GCCUGUGCCUUUAGUGUCAUAUCCAGGAAGUCUGUUGCCAAAUCCGAUGUGGUAAAGCCUUUGCCAUAUGUUUUCUAUGAGUUUUAUGCUUUGAUUUUAAAAGUUCUGGGUCUUUUUGGGUGAAUUUUUAUCUAUGGCGUUAGAGAAGGAUCCACCUUCACUUUUUUGCAUGUGAAUAUCCAGUUUUCCCAGCACCAUUUGUUGGAAAGACUGUCCCUCCUCCCCGCAUUGAAUGGGCUUGGUCUCCUUGUUAAAAAUUAUUUGACCAUAUAUGAGAGGGCAUAUCUUGGGGCUCUCUAUUGUAUUCCAUUGGUCUAUAUGUCUGUCUAUAUGCCAGUACCACACUGUCUUGAUGACUGGAGCUUGGAAGUAAGUUUUGAAAUCAGGAAGUGUGAGUUCUUCAGCUUUAUUCUUCUUUUUCAGGAUUGUUUUGGCUAAUCAAAAUCCCUUGAGAGUAUAUGAAUUGUACAAUGAGUUUCUCUGUUUCUACAAAAAAUGUCAUUGGGAUUUUGAUAGGAAUUGCAUUAAAUCUGUAGAUUGCUUUGGGUAGUAUUGACAUCUUAACUAUAUUAAGUAAGGAUGAUUUUUUUUUUAAUUACUGAUUCAAUCUCCUCACUAGUUAUAGGUUUAUUCAGAUUAUAUUAUCUACUCUGAGUCAGUUUUGCAUUUCUAUGAAUUUGUCCAUUUCAUCUACGUUAUCCAAUUUGUUGGCUUAUAUUUGCUCAUAGUACUCUCUUAUGAUCCUUUCUAUUUUUGUAGAAUUGAUAGUAACGAGCCAUUGCAGUCGGGAUCUGGCAGCAGAGGCUGUGUGUGUGUGUGUGUGUGUGUGUGUGUGUGUGUGUGUGUGUGUUCGGAGAAAUGCUUGAGAGGGUAACACCCGAUUUAGGAGUGGACAGGGUAUGAGAACAAAGAAGUGGUAUGGGAGACCUUGCCUUUUUUUUCUUUUAAUCUUUUUUGAUAAUACAUUUGUGCAUUAUUUGGUCGUUCUCUUUAAAUUCAUUUUUAAAGGUAGAAGCUAAUCAAGAGUGGUAGAUGCUGUGCCAAGGAAAGUCAGGGAUCUUAGGUUCGAAUCCGGUCUCUGUUCGCAAUUCGCUCCGCGACCUCAAACAAACGACCUCAGUUUCAUCUAUAAAAAACUGGUAACAUCGUCAGUUGCCAGGCCAUGAAGAGAGUCAACGGAAAUAAGUUUUUAUUCUAGGGCACCCGCUCUCUCUCAGGUAAAAGCCGCGCCCCAAUCAGGUACUGCCGCGCCAGGGCCGCGGGACGUCUCGGGAUUUGUGGUCCACCCGGCGGAACUCGCGGUCCCGGCAGGCACCGCGGCGGCGGCAGGGCGACGUGGCGCGGCCGGCUGCGGCUGCGCAGGCAGGGGGAGCAAGAUGGCUGUGGAGCUGGGCGUGCUGGUCGUCCGGCCCUGGCCCGGAACCGGGCUGGGUAGAGUGAUGCGGGCCCUCCUGCUGCUGCUGUGGCUGGCGACGCGCGGAAGCGCGCUCUACUUUCACAUCGGAGAGACGGAGAAGAAGUGCUUUAUUGAGGAGAUCCCGGACGAGACCAUGGUCAUAGGAAACUACCGGACGCAGCUGUAUGACAAGCAGCGGGAGGAGUACCAGCCGGCCACCCCGGGGCUUGGCAUGUUUGUGGAGGUGAAGGACCCAGAGGACAAGGUCAUCCUGGCCCGGCAGUAUGGCUCCGAGGGCAGGUUCACUUUCACCUCCCAUACCCCUGGCGAGCACCAGAUCUGUCUUCACUCCAAUUCCACCAAGUUCUCCCUCUUUGCUGGAGGCAUGCUGAGAGUUCACCUGGACAUCCAGGUAGGUGAACAUGCCAACGACUAUGCAGAAAUUGCUGCUAAAGACAAGUUGAGUGAGUUGCAGCUACGAGUGCGACAGCUGGUGGAACAAGUGGAGCAGAUCCAGAAAGAGCAGAACUACCAGCGGUGGCGAGAGGAGCGCUUCCGGCAGACCAGUGAGAGCACCAACCAGCGGGUGCUAUGGUGGUCCAUUCUGCAGACCCUCAUCCUCGUGGCCAUUGGUGUCUGGCAGAUGCGGCACCUCAAGAGCUUCUUUGAAGCCAAGAAGCUUGUGUAGCUGUCCCGGGCGUCACAACCCAUCCUCCCAGGCUGGGGGAGAAAGGACCUCCUGGAACUGACUUCUUCUGUCAGGAGGACUGGUUUCCAGCCAUAACUGUUCUGGAAGGGAGAGGGGCUGGAGGUACCCACAGGCACAAGCUGAAGGCAGCAGCUUGGCUAAUACUGAGCAGGUGGUGGGGCAAAUUCCUGCCCUCUCUCUCUGGCCUCUGGGCUCUUUGGCAGUCAUCACCCAGGGGCUGGUAAAGCCCCUCCUCUUGGCACCUCAGAAUCACAGUGUUACUGAUCAGGGAUGUGAGGCUGCUGUUGGGGGUCGGGGGAGGGGAAUGGGCAGGCAAGCCAGUCUUCUGUCUUCCUUUGCUAACUUAGGGUUUUGAGCAGGUUGGGGUAUGGUGCCUGUCAUACCCACCUGCCACCCUGGGAACCUCACUGUUCUCUCUUUCAGCCUAGACCUGCUGAUCCAGGGUGUGUGUGAGUUGAGGGUGGGUGGAGGGUUUGCAGUGUGGGAAUGUGGCCCUGCAGUUGACCUGAGCUGCUUCACAUGGUUGUCCAUUCUGGGGCUUAAAGAACUGGGACCAGACCAAGUAGAGGCCUUGGUGCUGGUUGGGGUGGGGCCUGCAGAGUCUUAGUUACUGAUUUCAUUUUCAAUAAAUUUAGGUUUGU